AUGAGAAAUAAAACACCUACUAAAGAUAAAGAUUAUAUUACAGAUAAAAUUUUAAGUAGAAUUCAAUCUAGCAAUAUCUAAAUAUAUAAUUAAGAUCAAGGAAAAAUGAUUGUUGAAACAAAAAAAAAGAAAUUGUGUUGCGAUUCAUGUUUACAAUAAGAUGUCAAAUUUUUACCUAAUAGUGAUAUUCAAAAAAAUAAUAAACUUUAAAAUGAUAGAACAGUUAAGGAACUUUAUUAAAAUGGAAUUAAACACUAUAAACUUGGUUAUUUUAAUUUAGAUUCUAUUUCUAUAUAAUAUGAUGGGAAAUACGAAAGAUUACGUCUAGAUCAUUUUGAAGUUGUAUAAAAAUUACUUUUCCAUUUAAAAUUAAAAGAGAAAUUCUAAAGUAAUAUCAAGAGUGUUUUAUUUAAGAUUGAAUAAAAUAUUCGAGAUAAUCACAAUUCGUUAAAUUCACUUUUGCAAUAAGAAAUUCCUUUUCGAGAUUAAUUAGAGAAGAUUCAGAAAUAUAAUUAAGCUGUUAUUGCAUUAUGUGUUUCACAAGAAUCGGAUACAUAUUUUGAUGACGAAAAUUAACAUUCUUAGAUUAAUUAUUAAAUUGCCAUUAACGAACAAGAAAGAAUGAUUUCAAGAUUAAAAACCUAAGUUCAACAUCAAAAUGUUUUGAUUCAUAGAAUUUAAUAAAGUGUAAAUGAACCAAUGCUUGGAGUAGCUGGUUUAUUGAAUUAGGUUGGAUAAUUUAAAUAAAAAAUAGAAGAAUUAAAUAAGGAGAUAGAAAAUAAAAAUAAUGAAUUAAUUUAAGAGUAAUUUUAACUUUAAGCAGUUCAUUCAAUUUUAGAUAAAAUAAAGAAUCUAUUAUAAAAAUAUCCUACAUUAUUUAGAGAUAUAACAGCUAACAAUAUCAUUAAUAUAAAAGAAUUCUAAUAUGAUUUAGAAUAGUUAUAUUUAUUGUAUAGUUAGGGUAAAUAAUAUGAAAUGAAUAUGAAUGCACUUUAAAAUUAGUAUGAUAAUUUAUUUAAAGAACUCUAAGAUGAAAAAAUAAAUUAAUCUAAAAUAAAAUAAGAAGCAUAUAAUAAAGAUCCAAAACUAAAGAAAAUAAUAGAAGAUCUUUCUAGAUUGAUUUUAUCUAAAGAUCCUAAUGGAAUGUCUAAUGAAUUAAGAGAAUUAAUAAAGGAGUUGUAUUUGAAGAAUCAUUAAGAUGUAAUUUAAGAUCAGGAAAGAUAAAUAUAAGCAUUAAAAGAUUAAGUCAAUUAAAUAGUAUAAAAUUAAUAAUUAUAGAGGGAAUUGAAUAUGAGAAUUUUAGAACUUCAGUGAGACAUUCAGAUAAUAAAGCUCCUUAUUUUGAAGAAGAUUAAUAUACUUAAUCUUUAUUUACUUAAGCUUAGGCUAUAGAAUAAUGCUUAUUAAAAAUAAAAUGA